AUGUCCGGCCAUCAUCAUCAUCAUGGAGGCGACGGACAUGGCCACUGCCAUGACGAACAUGAUCACUCCAACGAUAUCACUCCGGCGCUUCAGUCGCUGCUCUAUUCGCAGAUUGAUUUUGACUCGGUCACCACGCUGAAUGAGGCAAGACCCAAGAGCGGCGCUGCUAUUCUCAAGAAAACCUGGGCCGAACGACUGAACGACCAACCCGAGCUUGAGAGCGACGCCGAUGAGCAGCUUCUAAUGCACAUCCCGUUCACCGGUCAAGUCAAGCUACACUCUAUUCUCAUCUAUACUGCGCCCACCCCUGCUGCGCCGAAGACUCUCAAAUUAUUCAAGAAUCGUGAUGAUCUGGACUUCUCAACAGCGUCAGAUCUUUCUCCAACACAAACCAUCGAGGUACCACAGCCUGUUGCCGGCGAAGAUGUGUUUGAGCUUCCACUGAAUCGCGCCCACUGGAAUACUACUACAUCCAUUACCGUCUUCGUCGAGGAGAACUGGAGCGACGGUGACGAAGACGUCACCAAAGUCGGAUAUGUUGGCUUCAAGGGCCAAUUCAUGGCUUUGAACCGCGAACCGAUCAGCUUCCUUUACGAGGCAGCUGCCAACCCCAGCGAUCAUGUGUCCAUCCCGGGAAUUAGCGACUCCGGGGCUCGCACAAUGCCUGGCCAGUGA